CGGCGGAGGAAAUUGUUUUGACUACGUGACUGGACGUCAUGCUCUUAUACUCGCGCAUUGUAUGACUGUAUAAAGGUCGGGACACACUAUUCACACGCCACGUGUUAACAUGCCUUUACAUACCACGCCGUGGUAAGACGUAUGAGGCAGCGCUGUACACAUUAAUACAACGCGUGUGAUAGCAUCGUAUGCUAAAAUAAUUGGGUAACACACUUUACAAGCUAAUUUUUGUCAGUCAGUACCAUUUUGUUGUCGAAAGAAGUAAGAUACACUUUGUCACUGCAUUAUGGAUUAUUCAUCAAGUUCAUCUGACAGUGAUUGGAUAGAAGAAGUAGAAGAAACGGUUGUAGCAACAUAUAUUUUGAAUCAAACAGUCAAGAACCGCAGAUUUUGGGUGCACCCUAUUAACGAGGAAAGGAAUGAAAAAGGCGUAUUUACCAACUUAUUUCCACAGUUAAUAAAUGACCCGGAAAAGUUCCAUCAAUUUUUUCGUAUGUCGUAUGAUCAAUUUAGUUAUUUACAUAAUUUGAUAAAGGACGAUAUUAAAAAACAAAACACACAAUUUCGAGCACCAGUACCGUCUGAACAGAGAUUAGCUGUAUGCUUAAGAUUUUUGGCCACCGGGGAAUCUUAUAGGUCUUUAGCCUUCAGUUUUCGUCUGGGUUUUAGCACAACCAGAGAAAUCGUUGAAGAAGUUUGUGAGGUUAUCUGGAAAACAUUAAGACCCAUAUACAUGCCGAAACCCACCAAAGAUGAUUGGCAAAAUAUUAGCAGGGAAUAUAAAGAAAUAUGGAAUUUUCCCAAUUGUAUAGGAUCUCUUGACGGUAAACACAUUAAUAUUCAAUGUCCUAUAAAUGGUGGAUCGGCAUAUUUUAAUUAUAAAGGAGUAAAUUCGAUUGUCUUACUUGCUUUGGUAGAUGCUCACUAUAGGUUUAUAACUAUUGAUGUGGGUUCUUAUGGUCGGAAUUCUGAUGGAAAUGUAUUUGCUAAAUCUGCGUUAGGGAAAGCGUUAGAAAAUGAUACAUUAGAUGUUCCACCUGAUACACCAAUUGAAGAAAAUGGAGACCCAAUGCCAUACGUAAUUGUUGCAGAUGAGGCAUUUCCCUUGAAGCCAUAUCUUAUGAGACCAUAUAGUAGGGUAACUUUGGGUGGUAAUGAAGGAAACAAAAUUUUUAACUACCGACUCUCUCGUGCAAGACGCGUAGUGGAAAACGCGUUUGGAAUACUUUCAAAUCGUUGGCGAGUAUUCAGAACAAAUAUUCAAGUGCAACCUAAGUCCGUAGACAACAUAGUACUUGCUGCAUGUUGUCUUCAUAAUAUGUUAUGCCAAAGCCAUGAUUUUCAAUUGGAUGAAACAAAUAAUUAUGAAAGUACCGAAGUUCUUGAAAAUAUGGAACCGUUAAGAGGGAAUAGCACUCAAAGAUCAUUUGAAAUACGCGAGAAGUAUAAAGAUUUUUUUUUGUCAUCUGUUGGGGCAGUACCAUGGCAGUACGAGAUGAUUCGGAGAGGACGAAUUAAUAUUUGAUCAACGAUUCUAAAUAACAAAAUGUGUUCCUUGUUAAAAUUAUUUUAAAUUAAAAAUUAUUCCUUAUUAAUUGUAUACAAUAAAUAAAAAUAUAAUAAACAUGUAUACAUUUAUUUUUAAUAUGGUGUAUAACUUCAUAGGUAGUAUCAUAGAUUUAACGUGUAUAAUAUUAUAUAGAUUUGUAUCAAUAUUUGUAUCAAUAUUCAAUAUACAGGUAUUAUUUCAUAUUAUUAAUAAUAUUAUUAAUUCGAUCUUUAAAAAAGAGUUAUUUAAAUAUUUAUAUAUUAAAAUAUUAAUAUCUUACCUGACAUUUGUAGAUUUUUACCAAUCUCUUCCCAUGCCUCUCUACGAAUGUUCUGAUCUUUAUAAUCGGCGGAAAAAACAUCGUAUAAAGACUUG